GCAAACCGGAACUUCACUUAGAGAAAGAUGGCGGCACCUGUAAACAACAAACCAGGCUGUUGGGGCGUCCCGGAGGUUUAUAAACACCACGAACAGAAGAAAGUUUGUUUUUCUAGGCCUAAAUAUAGAGAAGGAAGGAAAGCAAAAGCUGUCAAGGUAAGAAUAUGCCAAACAUGAGGGUUAGCAAAACAAAACAAAAAGUAUUUGAGAAUGUAUGGUGCUGAUACCAGCUGGUGUGUAGAUGUCUUCUUUUGUGAAUCCAGAUCAUGAAUAUAAACUUAAUGGACUAAGUUUCAUAUUAUGUUUACCCAUCAUUAGGUGUACACCAUCAAUUUGGAGUCUCGUUAUCUGAUGGUUCAAGGAGUCCCUGCCAUCGGAGUGAUGACAGAGCUGAUCCAGCUGUGUGCCCUGUACGGGGUCGUGGAGGAAUACAGACCCCUGGACGAGUACCCCGCUGAGGAGUUCACGGAGGUCUACCUCGUCAAGUUCCAGAGACUUACUAGUGCCAGGUUAGGACUGUGCCCCCUGACUAAUACACUGCAGGAGAAUUAAAGCAUUAAAGCAGGAUGACUGAAUGGUUUGGUUAAUGUUGUUUUCUGUUGCAGAGCUGCUAAACGGCACAUGGAUGAGAAGAGUUUCUAUGGAGGUGUUCUGCAUGUGUGCUACGUCCCUGAGUAUGAGACUGUGGAGGACACCAGGUUAAAGCUGCAGGACAGGAGGAGAUACGUGGUCAGGACUGUCCACAAUAAAGGUACGCUCUAAAAUCACACAAAGACUGACUCUCUAUGCACAUUUAUGAACUCAGAUCCAUUUUGUACCGAGGUUUUUUAAUGACAGUCAUGCUGUAAAUGUGUGUUGACAUUUUUAUACGACAGCUUAAAGCUCCUAAAACACUAAAGAACUCCUCAAAGGAAUUUUGAUAUUAACUGGAGCUGUUUUAAAUGUUUUGUAUUCUGUUAUAUUUUGUUAAAAAGCAAGAGAAAAACAACAGAAGUCAGCAUCUGAGCAGCCCACAUCGUUGGACACAGCUACCACGUCAGAGACUGUCACUACGAGACAAGAUCAAACUUCUCACAAUGACGAGACCGGGGAGACUCCAAACAUGUGCCAAUAUUCAGGCUUUCCUCUACUGCCGCUCCCUCCCCAGGAACAUUACAACUAUGGACAUAUGAAUUAUUCUGGGGCUACACCAACAGAAGACAAAAUGGGGACAUUACACAAUGCCAUCAUUGACACAAAACAGCAGCAGCCAAGACAGAGUACGAGCUCCAGUCAAGCCCCUUCAGACAGAGACCCAGGACAGAGGCUCACUUCGAAUCAGAGCUCUGCAGUCAGAUUUGUCCCAAGGACGACACAUUUGGAGAACAGGAAACGAAAGAUGGAAGACAUGGUGGAAAACUCACAGACUGAUGAGGCCAUAAAGAAUAAGGCUUUUAUUGGGCCGAAACUGCCUCAACCACCUAAAGCAGACAUGGAGGAUGAGUCUCUAAACACAAGUGUUAGUCUGAUCAGGAACACAAUGAAACAGGUGAGCUCCAAGCUGAAGUUUUCAAAGUCACUGUAGUUGUGAUGUUUGUUGUUAUUGUAGUAAAAUCAACUUUGUUCACGUUCUUAGGUGGGAGCAGUUCCUGAUCUCAAACCUGUGGAAAAGAAGGUGAAACCAAGACGUCGGAUUUGAUCAAAUCAUUCAUUCCGUUUACAAAAGAAAACCACCAUUCCCACAUUUUCAUAGCAACUUGUUUUAAUUCACAAAUUUUGCAAUACAAUAUAAAAAAGUUCUGAACAUUUUUAUUAAAGAGUAUGUAAGUGAAAAAUGGAAAAAGACAUGGUUUCUUCAAUGAUCCUGAUGCUCCUCAAAUACAUGCCUCUCAAAUGUCUCGAUACUCUGAAAAAAAGGAAAUAUUUAAAUAAAUAGUUUUAGUGUGAAUUUGAUUUUCAGAGGCUUUAGAUUCAUUACCGUGGUGUCAGGUAAACAGGUUCCAAAAGCUUCUAGUAAGAGAUUCUCUUCUCUCACAGCCUUUUCAAAAUCAUCAAAAGACAGUCUGCCGUCAUGAUCAUGAUCCUACAGAAAAGUUAAUGUGAGAUGUUACGGAAGUACAGAGUUAUCUAGAGGGUUAGAAAUCCCAACAGAGAGGGCUGCAGAAUGUAAACACUCACCAUCUUCUUCAGUGUGAUCUCCACCAGGUCCUUGAUUCUCUCAUCAGGGUCCUCUUCUGUGGGCUGUCUGCUGAGGCUGUUCUUCAGCAUCUGAAACAUCUCCUCCCUGGAGAUGUAGUUAUCGCCGUUCAAGUCAUACACAUGAAAACAGUCUGAGUUGUGAGAAAGAGUUAUAACCUGAUUAGUGUCUGGUAAGUUGUAAUUGUGUCAGACUAAGUUUAGAUAUAAGAUAGAGCUUACAUUUUAUUUUUUCAUCCAAACUUCCUCGAAGGAAAACAGACAGUCCUUUGAUCCAUUCUUUCACACUGAUGGAGUUGUCAUUGUCUUUGUCAAACGUCCUGAACACUGAAGGAUAUGUGAUAAGUAACAACACAACACACAAGAUGCUGUCCGAACUUUAUCUGUGAGUAUUCAGAGUUAAAACAUGUGCCUGUAUACGGCAAAUAAGUGAGUGAACGUUUAUCUUGAGUAUUACCUCCAUCCAUGAUCAUGUAGUCAGUCAUCCCAAACCAGUUGUGCAGUACGCUUCUGAACCUGCCUCUGUCUAGUCCAGCUGUAUGAUCAGGAACAGCUCGCUCCCCAAGGAGACUGUUAAAUCCUCGAAUAAGGCACUCAACCUCUGCUUUGCUGACUAUAAAGGAAGAUAAAAUGUUACCUGAAGUAGCUGUGGGACAUAUUUAGAUUCAUUUUAUGAGUGAUGAUAAUUAAAAACAGCAUCUUUGGCAAACUUAUAGUUGUUUUAAAUUAUUUUAAUCUCUUCCGUUUCCAAUAUAUUUCCUUCUGUAAAGCAUCUGCAAAGCACUUUAAAUUGCCUUGUGUAUAAAUAGUGCUAUACAAAUAAACUUGCCUUGCCUUUCUCCUAGCUUAGCUCAGGCUUAAAUGUCAAAACUUUAUUUAAAUGAAUACUCACAAUGCUCCACCUGUUUUGAGAUUGUUUCAACAAGAGCUUGAACCAACUUUCUGUUCACAGCAGACAUUUCUGACAUUUUAAGAGUCAGUCAGGAUACCGGAGAGGCGAGGGACGUUACCCAAGAUCGGUGUUGACGUUCCGUCACCAUGACAACUGUGUAGCAUGUACGCAUUAGGGAAUGUCGCCAUCUGCUGGACUGGAGUCUCGACUGACACUGUUGGAGCGCAGACUGACUCGUGACACUAUUUAAAGGGCAUGGACUUGAGGAUUGAAUAGCAAUAAAUAAAACAAAAUUGAACAUAGAUUAUUGAACAUAUUUUUGUUCCUGGUUCUUGUGUUUGUGUGCACUUUUAUUCUCCACCAACAUCCUUUGUUAAAAAAAAAAUGUGUAAAAGAAAUAUAAAGUCUGACCACAAGGUGGCAGUCAGCUUAUUCAGAAAAACAGAAAUAAAAGCAUUGACCUCCAGGCCUUUCCUAUCCAAAUAAAUUUCGACUUUGACCCAUGAAGAUACAAAAAUACUGUCAGAUCAAUUAGAGUUCAUGUAAUUUGGGAUUUUCUUGUUAUAUAUUUUUUAUAGAUGAACACCAACUGUCUCUUUAUUUUCUUUAAAUCCACAUAAGAAAGGAGAGAGAAACACUACGUGGUCUGUUAAUUUAGGUUUGUUUUUUAAUUAAUAAACUACAGUGGAUUAGACACAGACACAUAAGUAGAACUUUUUAAACACUCACAGAUUUGGUUCAAAAACUACAUUUCCCGGACUACAUUUCCAUGCCAGUAAUUCACAAUAUUGCACAACUACUGCUUCCUGUGUGAGUGUGUGUGAUAUGUAUAUAUACAAAAGCAGUGUAUCAUUGAGACAAAGAGGUUAAAGGUAUUGAGGAAAAUCUUUCAGUCACAUUGUCAAUGUGUGUUAGCGUCAGUCAGACCGAUAUGUGAGGUUAGUUCUGAUUGGAAGUGUUGCAUCGAUCCAGUGGUUUGGGUUUGUGAUCAUGGAAGUCCACACGGCGACCUCCUCCUCCGUGGAGUCCAUCCAGCUUACCGCCUCGCCAUAACUCUGACCUGAAAUACACAAUUUUCAUAUUAAACGUGGAAAGAGAUGCAUUAACAGAGAACAAUGACUCCUGACCGCUUCUCCUCAUGACUGAAUAUUCGCCUGAAAAUCUAAAAUCUAACCUCACAGCACUGACAGUUCAAACAAAAUAAUCCCAAGUUUUAGUGUGAAAACUUAAGGAUCUGUUUAUAACGAGCUAAACUUCAUCAGAGUGUCGUUUGCCACCACUCCCCUGACUCCAUCUCCCCUCAGGAAAACAACAGCGACACAGAAGCUGCUCCUCUGUCAGUGGUUUGAUCCUGAGUGCUGCACCCUCCUCGUCAAGCACAGUAACACCGACUUGAAACAAAACAACAUCCAUGCUGAGACAAACAGCUUCCCCAAGAUGAACGAUCAUAAAUGAGAACUGUUUACCACACUGGUGUCAUGUAAAACUUCACCGAGCCCAACAGAAGAUAUUUAGCACCGCACAGCUGCUACUCUGGUAACCCUGAAACAACCUCGCUCUGAUGACACCACCAUCUGAAAUGCCUGAAGUGCCGACAGGACAAAAUGUGAAGUAUCGGACUGAAACACUGUCAGCACAAAGUUUGAAAACACCACUGUAGAUGAAGCAUAACACUGCUUUUAUAGCUCCAUCCUAAAAGCUGACCAUAAAAUAAACCAGCCAGUCAAACAUUCCCCUUUAAUGUGACAACCCCUAAUACAUAAACAGCUUUCCUCUGAGCCCACAAAAUGUCAGGGGACUCAUUUAAUCUCCAAAAACAGCUCAGCUCAGACAGGGGGGGUGAGAUUCAAACAAAGUUGAGGUGAAAACUUUGUAAGCUUUUUAGAUCCUCUGCAUGUCAUGCCAGCAUGGAAGAACAAUUACUGGCUGCCGCUUUGUAAGAAAGUAAAUAUAGGUGUGGUGUUCCCUUAUCAGCAGGUCAACCUGGCUGUGUAGUCCUCUUUCAUGGAGACUGCACAACCAGGUUAGGUUGUUUUAAAGCUCCAGUGAGGUUUUUUUUUUUAUUUCAGUGAAAUAAACUGGAAUUCAUAUUGAUGCCUUUUAAUGAUAUCAAAAAACAAAGAAGACCAUCAGCAACAAGACUGGUGACUUCAACAGCAUUGCUUGUAAUGCCUGAAACUGGUGCAAGGAGGUAAGUGUUGGCUGAGCUGAAGCAGCUGAAGAAACAGUCGUUUAUCCAAUUUCCACACAAAGUAUUUACAACAAAUGAGUAACUUUUGAUUUGCAUUAAAUUUGGCGCCCCCUGUGGACAAAUUAGUCUUUACUUAACCCUCAUGCUUAAGUAGUGGCAAAAAUCUCAUCCUGCUGACUUAAGCGAGCCAAAAAAGUCAAAUACUGCUUAUAGGAGCUUUAAUCCUCCUAUUUUUUUCAUAUUUGUGUACAGAAAAAAAACAGCCCGACACUCAGACACAAGGGUUUGGAGUAAAUAUUUGCAUAAGAUCACACACCAUUUAAAUCCCUUCACUGUGGGAGUGUUCAAAACAAACACACACAUCUGAUCAUAAACUCUUAAGUCCAUACUUUAGCGUGCUUCCACACAAUUAAUCUUUUGGUUGAAUCCCAGCAGGUCCCAUAUUCUGAAGACAGACACUUGUGUGCGUGUGAAACAACAUUAAUAGAAAGAGCUGCAUUCUGUGUAGCAUUACUGUGUUCAACGGUAUGUUAGUGAGCUCCACAGGAAUCCAAAUCCUCGACCAGAGCCGCAAAAGUCAGAGAUCUCUUGCAUAACCAUCCUGUGACGUUGUUUUUCUGUACCAAUAAUAAGGGCUAAAUGAAGGUACAGAAAAGUGGUUAGUCCUCUUAAUGAAAACUCUAACAGCAGCAUAGGAAAACACUCACCUAACCCACAGCUCAGACGGAUCCCUCCUAAGACCUGAGAUUUUAACCCGUCACGGUGCCACACAGUCAGCUCGGCACAGGCCUCCCUCAGGUCGCUGGUUUGGAAGCCGUCAUACACCAUGGUGUGGUUGUAGGUCGGGCUGAUGGAGCGUUUGAUCAUCCGCGUCUUCUGACCGCUCUGCCGGCUGGCAUCUGGGAGUAUGUAGCUUAAGAGGGGAGCAUGAUAUAAGACAGUUUAAUAUCAAUAGUGAAUAUUGGAUUAUUUUUACCAGAUUCAUGGCAGGAUGUAUGAGUGGAGCAAUUUUUCUAGCAACCAAAAGAAUGAGCCAAAAGAUGCUAUAAAGUUGUUUUUUUUUUAAAGAUAAGGAGUUGCAAAGAAAUUGGAUAUUUUUCAUUUUCUCUAUAUUUUUGGAUAAUUUGACUUUGCCUGGCAUCAUCUCAACUCUUCAGGAAUCACUCAAAUGAUUCCAGAUUUAGAGGAGAGCUAGCAACAGCCAAAAAGGAAAGUGCCUCUUGAAGCGACAGAAGAAAUACACCUUUAUAACCAGCUGAAUGAUCGAUUAAAAGGGCGGAUUUAACAGACCUUCAAGGAGGACUGUGAUUGGGUCUGUACAUGUGACCCCACCUGCCAGUGCAGUAUAUGAGCGGGCUGAUAGUAGGUGUAGUUACAAUGAUGCACCUACAAAAUUAUGAAUUGAGAUCAUUUCUGUCCUUUUCUACUUAUGAUUCUCCACAAGGACAAACUCUUUCACAUUAUGUAACUCGUGGAAAAACCCAAGCAUACGUUGCACAGUAGACAGACCUUCUGACAAAGGAGUCUAUAGCUCCUCCUUUGUUGGUCAGCAGACCUUGAGCCUCCCGCAGCCAGAUGUGAAGCUCUCCUGUCAAAGGCAGACCACCGCCUGAUCACACACACACACACAUACACAGAGAAACAGCACAUGAGGCACAGGUGAUUACUGCAGGACUUCACAUAAACCCGCUAAGUGAGUGUUCUGCCCACCUUCAUAUCCAUCUGGGAUGAACUUAAUGGAGAGCACAAUGGUCCCACGACUGCUAAUGGAGUCUGGAUUCAAAUGAACCUGAGGUGGGGGUUGGUGUAGAGGAGGAAAAGAUUGCAGCAGACAGACAGAAAAGGAAAGAGGGAAGGAGGCAGAAGCAUGGACUCAGGAAGACAUUACGGUUACAUAAAACCUUAGUUGAAAUUCACAGCAUGUCUUCCUCUCCCUUCACAGCUCUCCCAGACACCAGAGACACCCCUCCCUGUUUUCAGUGUCUGCAAUAAAGCUGCCAAAUCUGCUCCUACAGAUACGAAGCAGUCGUACACAACAGGCCCUGUGGUUCUCUGGUAAAUAUUUGUGUGUGAAUAUUUUAGUACACCACAUCAUCUUGUAUCUUUCACGUGUUCUCUUCCCUACCCGAGGCUGCAGGUCCUGCCACAGUGGCUGAGUGCUGGUCCAGUCCCAGAGACCCAGAGCCACCUCGACCUCCCCCAGAAACAUAUUCCUCCCAAGAGGCUCAGCGUGCCACACGGACAGAUUCAAGGUCCGGCUACGUAACUCCCCUUUCCUCACUUUAUACUGCAAAAUAAGAUCCAGAAUCAAAGAGGAAACACAUGAAAAGAGGAAACAGAAAAGUUCAGGAUCCAGACUGACAUCAUGGCAGCAGCAGCACUGCGUUUAAAAUUAGUGAUUUAUGCACUGGAUUUUGGGGAUUUGUGUUUAAUGCUGCCUUAUGUAAUAUGCAAAUGAAAGUGUCUCACUCGGAGCGUCUGAUCAUAGACGGGGCUCAGAGUCUUCUUCUUCACUGAGGUUUUCUUCUUACUUUGACUCGACUUGUCAGGCAGGAGGUAUGCUUUAACAUAUCUGUGACAAACACACACACACACACACACACACACACACACACACACACACACACAUACAUACAUUUGGGUUGUUAUUUUGUCUUAAAUUUUGCUCAAACUGCACACACACACGCUUGCACCCUCACUCACGGGUCAGAGCGGUUCUUGCGUGCCGCAGCAAUGUCCUCGCAGCGAUUCACAUUGACCAGCAGCUCCUCCUUCUGAAUGUCAUACACCAAUGAGAACUGGAUACGGCCCCUCACCUCCACCACUCCGAAAUCCCCUGUGCUGAACAAACUCAUCAUGCUCCCGCUGAGCUAUAACACACACAGACACACACACACAGAACAGAGAUCAGUCCCUACGUCAUUGUCCUAAAGCUGAGUCAUCUUGCGUCGCCGGGUAAACAAUUAAUCAAAAGUGCACGUACGUGCAUGCACAUAUGCAUUGAGGUGUGUGUGUGUGUGUGAGUGUGUGUGUGAGGGUACCGUGUAGCCCGAUUGAAGGCUGCCAGUGGAGCUGCUGUUCUUUAGAGAAGCUGGUUCUGUCAGGCUGCUGCUCAGAGACUCAGUAUCCCCGUUGUGAUAGUCGUAGUCUUCCUGCAUGCGCACACAUCCACGUGCACACACACACACACACACACACACACACACACACACACACACACACACACACACACACACACACACACAUUGUAUAAUACAGCAUCUUUUAACACAUCAGGGGUUUUUUAACAAUCUUCACUGUAGUCCACUGUUGCAUGAAAAAGAAAAAAAAUGAGAACGUUCCAGGCAUUCAGGUUUAAGUGCCAGAAUUAGGCAGAAAAUUAGCAGGAAAAUAGUGUAAGUAAAAAAAAUUGAUUUUUUUGUCAAUCUGAAUAGCACCAAUUCGAGACCAGACUCUAUCUACAAAGACCCAAUGUAAAAAAAGAUGGGAUCAGACUGAGCCCCACUCUCAUCCCAUCUUCAACCACAUGAGUAAAACACUUUGCAGCAUUUAGCAAGUUACAGUGGAGAGGGAAAAAUUCCUUUAACAGGCAGAAACCUUGAGCAGAACCAGAUUCAUGUUAGUCAUCUGCAUUGGGUUUAGAGAGUGGAGAGAGGGAGACACAGAAAGAGAGAGCUCCAAAACAGCGUCAGAGCUUGUGCCUCUUCAGGUUCCUUAUCAACUGGAUCAUUUACACUUUCUAUCCAUUUUCAGUUAGUGUUGCAACUUACAUUCUACCAGAAGUUAACUAUGCUCCAAAAUAAAGGCACAAUUUUAAAAUGUGGGGACUAAAAGUUUCAAAAUAAAAGCAUGAAAAACUGUCAUUUUAUAAGGUUAUGUCUUCAGUCACAGAGCUAGUGAUGUGGAUAAAUUAAAAGAUUUGAACAUCAUUAAAGAUAGAUGAUAAAAUGUCCGAUAAAAUGUUUUGCUCCAUCUGUACAAAAUAAAAGAUCACAUAGAAUAAGAUAAAUAAAAGAAGUGGUACAUAUAACUGUUGUACAAGGUGUGAAUAAUUAAAGUUAUGAAGUGCAGUGAGGGCAUGUUAUACAGCCAGUGUCAGAUUAAAUCAGGUGCAUUGUACAGUAAAGUAGUUAAGUUAGGAUACAAUAUAAAGCAGUAGGGGGUUAGAAGUCACAGUGUGUAUGUACCAGUGUAUAAUGCAGUAUUAUUAGCUGUGAAUGUAUGUGUUUGUGUGGUUUAAUCACCUCGAGUUCCUCUGAGUGGCCAUUGAUUCUUUCAUGCUCUAAAAGGAGAAUAAAGAGUUAAUAGUUAUAUAACACAUAGCUAUAGAGGUACAGAGACGUGUAUGAGAGGCUUUCAUACCUUUGGAUGAGGAGGAACUAUUUCUGUAGGGGAGAGUCUGAAAUUGAAGAGAAAAAUUUUAGAGUAAGAUGUUUUUUUUUUAUUGUAGGAAUAAAAAGAAAUUUGAGCAUACACAGACCUGUCUUAUUGGACUUUUUGUUCUGGGUAAAGUCUGAGGAAAAGUCUUCAGAUUCUCUUGACUGCUGUAAAUAGGAAAGGACAGAUGUGAGACAAGCAGCUUCAAAGAGUAAAAAACAUUUUCAGAGUCUGACCACAUCACUGACCCUCCACUUCGCUCUUCUUUUCUGUCCUUUAGUCUUUUGUCGGCUUCAGGAGAAGAGUUAUUGUUGUUGUUGUUGUGUGAGGUUUCCUCCUUCUCACCGUUGAACAGUUCAGUCAAGGACACAUCUGUUGCCAUGACAACAAGCAAAGAGCCAUCACUGGGAUAUCCCCAAAAUGGCUGAAUAAACAGCCCCACAUGUUCCUGAUAGCAAGACUGCAUUAAAUGAAACUUGACCUCUGCUCUUUGUCUUCCUAUGCCGGAGGGUAGCGUGGACCAGGGUGCAAACCGGCACCCGGUUAUGGUGGCGUUUACUGCGCUCAUCGUUGAACCACACCCCGGUCAGAGAGCGCAGACGCGUCGGGUCUGUCUCUGUCUUCUCAAGGAUCCUGCAGCGUCAACAUAGGCACAAGUUACACAGCAAACAACAAUCACAACCGCAAAGUCAGCUGACAUGAGGCUGCGGUUCAAACUAAACACUCCCUGUUGUCACUUCUGGUAAAAUGAAGGAUGACUUGUGUAGUUUAUACUGACAGAAAAAAGACAUAAAUACACAGAUAACCAGGAGGGUUUUACACUACUCCAGUAAUAGAUAAACACUCUAAGUCAUGCAAUAGUGCAGAAAAUAUCCAGGUUUUAGUUUUCAACUGUGAAAUUUGCUCUGCUUUGGUCUCUAUGAACUUAUAAUGAGCUUAUUUGACCACUGUCCAGUUUUUGUACUCUGAACAGAUGAUUGAUUCCUCAAAGACAAGGAUUGAUGAUAUUAGUUGUUUGCUAAAGCCACAAUGCAAAGACUAAUUAAAGCUCCUGUUGGGGGUUUUUAUGUUUAUGAAUCAAAAUGAAAUUCAUUUUGAUGUUUUUUUUUAACACAUAAAAACAAACAAGAGCAUCACUGCAAGAUUAAUGAUUUUAAUAUUGUAACUUUUAUUGCCUCAAACCAGUGUGAAGGGGGUAGGUGUCAGGGUUCACUGGCAGAUCAUAAAUCAGAGAUCCUAAUGAAGACAACCCAAAUAGAAACACAAAAGCCCCCCUCCCCCCAGUGGAGUAAUUGAUCUUAGGUGAGUUGGCCGAUUGAAACUUCAGACAUUUUCAAGGUCACUUAGGUCUUUGCCCUGUUCCUUGCUUUACUGGUUCAGCCAGCAGCAGCAAAAAAUGUUUUAACAUUUAGUGUAGUCAAGCUCAAGAGUUUUCAUUUGCCUUCUAUUUGGUGAAUUAGUACUAUAAUAAGUACAUCAUGUUAUAACUUUUGUCUGUUUGUGUCCAGAAAUAAUGUCUUCGUUGCUGCAUUUAAGGCCCUACCUCGCUUUGUGUGUAUCUGUAUCAGACCCUGCAUUGCUAUCACAUCCUACAUUAAUAAAGUUAUACACAAGAAGUCGAACACACACUAUUUACGUCAAUUCAAAGGCCAAACUUCCUACUACAGAGGACACACAGUCACCUCUGACCUUACUCUUCCUUCAUCAAGCUGACGCAGCUCCAGGUCCCGCUGUAUGACCUGCAGGAUGCUGGACUGCUCAUCAUCUGUCAGGUGACUCAGGUCCAGAGAAGAGUCAGUCAGCUCCUCCUCCUCCAUCCCUGAGAGAGAAGCACAACCACAACCUCAAACAGGCUCCUCUUAUGACUCUCUAUUUACAUUAAACCUGUUAUAUAAGAUAAUUAAUAAGAACACCCUGAAAUGUAAACAGUGUUUAUCCCUCUGCAGGGAAUCACUUUGUGUCUUCUCAGUGUUUAAUCAUUCACAGCAGAGCGUAUCUAAAAGGGCAGCGGGAACAUUUUGGUCUGCUCAACUGGUGCUUCCCUCUCUUUUGCUCUUUGAUCCCUGAAAAUGUUACUCUGUCCUUUCCAGAAUAAUCUACAAGGUCUGAGGAAGUAAAAGUGUUUCAUUUUCUCAGGGACAAGCUGACAAAAAAUCUGAAAAGGCAACAAUAUUUGACUGGAAGAUAGGUUUAGUCAAUGUUUCAGUUUAUCUUUUUAUGGCCCCAAGGUGAGGAACAUGCAGCGCUUCAAUGUUUUUUAAGUAUUUCUAUCCAAGAUAAUCUGUGACAAACAUUAAAAAAUAUCUAAAAUGGUUUGACAAUGUUUCUUAAGGAGAGCCUGAAGGUCAAACUGCACAAACCAUAAAAAACAGACAAACAAUGACAAAGCAGCAUUUUGAGACUUUUGUAUACUUCAUAAAAUGUAAAAAUAUUUGUUAAACAUCAACCGAUCAUUUUAUCAAAUACAAAAAUAUUCUAUAUGACACAAAACUAUCUCUGUAUGAGCAAAAAUAUUUCACUAGGCUACUUUGCUUAAUGCUGAAUGAUUUUAAAACAGAAAAGUAGAAAAAUAGAUCAUGUGUAUAUAAUUGCAUUUCAUGAAAAACCCAUGAAACAUUGUUUUUGGUUAAUUAUUUCAGUUGUGUUUUGUGACACAUAGUGUCAGCUGUUAAUAUACAUUUGCAGCUUGUUGCAUUUUAGUGUUUUCAGAAAUCCUGUUGUGUUUCCAAUCAAACUUCAGCAUUUAGUGAUAGUUUCACAGUUUUACUUGUUUUCAUUUUGUUCUGUGUUUUUGUGUUGUCAUUUUUUUUCCUAUUUUUUUUUCCCUACACUUUUGCAUUUAGAUUUGUUGGCAUUGCAUGAAAUAUUUAUGUAAUUCAUUAAAUGUUU